AUGGGUGAUAGGUCAAUUGCGGACUUGAAACAGCGGUUUUCCUAUAUCCAAAAAGCAUUCCAGCUUGCCGAACUUGGACAUCAGCGCUUUCAGCAGAAAAUGGGUGAUGAAUAUGGUGACAUUGAAUUCAGUAUCAGCGAGUCUGAUGGAGAACCAGAGCGAAUGGUAUCCUUUGCCAAUCAUUUUGUCACAGAUGGCGACAUCCGCGAGGGUGAGUAUGCGGAAGCGCGCAACAACCCCCGUUCAAAGACUAAGAGGAUAUACUAUAUCGACGAAAAUUUCACCCUAGAGGAUGUGGUACUUCUCCACAGAAUUGCUUCUCAAUGGGAGAACAACCGGUGGGUGGCCAUCAGUACCAAAUUCAACAAUAUAACCGGACGUAGUAUCACCCCGGGACAGGCGAAGACCAUUAUCGAUAACUAA